UCCAGUUUCUGUACCGCGUCGUUAUAGGUACUCGUCGUGUGCUUUUUGUGUGUGGGUGGUAGUGCGGUGUGCGGUUUUGACGUUCACUGAACGAAGAUGUCUUCGAAAAGUGAACUCAAAAAGUUGUCAGAAGAAAGCUUAACCAGACAGCCAGAAGAAGUGUUUGAUAUAAUUUGUAAAUUAGGAGAAGGAUCUUAUGGAUCUGUAUAUAAGGCAUUGCACAAAGAAAGUGGACAGGUGCUUGCAAUCAAGCAAGUACCUGUUGACACUGAUCUUCAGGAAAUCAUAAAAGAAAUAUCUAUUAUGCAACAAUGUGAUUCUCCAUAUGUAGUCAAAUAUUAUGGAAGUUAUUUUAAAAAUACCGAUCUAUGGAUUGUUAUGGAGUACUGUGGUGCUGGUUCUGUUAGUGACAUCAUGAGGUUAAGAAAGAAAACAUUACAAGAAGACGAAAUCGCAACAAUUUUAUGUGAUACCUUAAAGGGCUUAGAAUAUCUACACUUGAGAAGAAAAAUCCACAGGGAUAUCAAAGCAGGAAAUAUCCUAUUAAAUAAUGAAGGACAUGCUAAGUUGGCAGACUUUGGUGUUGCUGGUCAAUUGACGGACACAAUGGCAAAGCGAAACACUGUCAUUGGUACUCCAUUCUGGAUGGCUCCAGAGGUAAUUCAAGAAAUUGGAUACGAUUGCGUGGCAGAUAUUUGGUCUCUGGGCAUUACAGCUCUUGAAAUGGCGGAGGGAAAACCACCUUAUGGAGAUAUACAUCCUAUGAGAGCGAUUUUCAUGAUCCCUACAAAGCCACCACCCAGCUUUAGAGAGCCAGACCAGUGGAGUCCAGAGUUUAUUGAUUUCGUUAGCGUGUGCCUUGUUAAAAACCCAGAAGAGAGAGCAACUGCUAGUGAAUUAUUAAAUCAUGAAUUCAUUGGCAAUGCUAAACAGCCAAAUAUUCUUAGUCUUAUGAUCGCAGAAGCACACGAAAUCAGAGAAAAACAAAGUGCCAAUCGUGCGCAUGUGAUAAAUAACGUAGCAAUUAAGGGGCAAAAUAAUGCUGAGGACUCGGAUGAAGACGAUUGCACUGGAACUAUGAAACCCUUACCAGAAGAUCAAGGAACUUUAGUCCCAGAACGUGACCUUCCAGACACAGGAACUCUCACGUCAGCAAUGCUAGAUUUAGGAACAAUGGUUAUAAAUAGUGAUACUGAUACGGAGGCAACAAUGAAAAGACAUAACACUGGAUCGGUUGAAUCUGGAAAAAAAUAUCGGCCAUUAUUCCUUGACCAUUUUGACAAGAAAGAAUCGCCAGAAGUUGAAAAAGGAAAUGGCCAAAUCCACUUGAUACAGACUAAUCCUGAGGUGGAUAACAAACCAGAAGUGCAUCAGCAGCAGCAGCAGCAGCAGCAACAACACCAACAAAAUCAAUUGGAAUCCCAAAGGUUUCAAAACCAUCUUCAGAUGCAACUUAAUCAAAUUUCACAUCCAGUGCCAGAGCAGCCCCAUAACAACAUAUCAAAGAUGCAAAAUGUGUUCAAUGAACGUGAAUUUGAUUUUUUGAAGUUCCUGUCGUUUGAGGAGUUGCAGCAGAGAAUGGAAAAUUUGGACGUCGAAUUGGAAAAAGAAAUUAACGAACUGAAAAAAAGGUACCAAACAAAGAGACAACCGAUACUUGAUGCUAUGGAUACAAAGCGAAAGCGUCAACAAAACUUUUAACAGUUAGGUACUUUUUUAACAAUACGUAAAAUGCGUGUGAUAAAUUGAAGGAUGUACAGAUGUAUAAAUAUGAAUAGAUGUUCUAUAAUCGUGCCCUCGUGAUCUCGUAAGUAACUACUUAAGUCUUUGACUUAAAAUUUUCAUCUUACGAAAUCAGAAUUUCGUUGUGAGAGGUAAAAAAUCUUUACCAGCCAAUAGCCUCAGAUCAACCAGCGUAAAUUAUUUUGCAAUAACGAUUCGAAAUAUGGGAGAACUACGAUAAUACUUAAUUUUUUUUUACUUGAAUGUAGUUAUUGUUAAAUAUACUAUAAAUACAAUACUUUUUCCAAAAAAAAAAAAAAAAAAAAAAAAAAA